AUGAACUCCUCAGACCCACGGCACUUCUUCGAGUCGGACGCAGCUCAGAGCAACAGAGAGAGACGUGAUGCCAAAUCAAAGAACAAGUAUGGCACGCCCAUCGCUCUCAAGUCAAAGAUAGCAGCGGCAGCUUUAGAUCCCAACUCGCCGUCUGACAGCGUCUUUGUUGCCGAGUCUGUUGGUUCAGUGAGGAGAAUCAACAUUGAUAUCGAUGACACCAACAUGGUCUAUCGUGGGCCAUCUGCUCCUGUCACUUGCGUUGUGGUCGGCGGUCCGCAAAAUGAGACCGUAUUUGCCGGGUCUUGGGAUAAGAACAUCUGGUCCUGGAAUAUUGAGACGCGGCGGCCUGGAAUUAAAUUUGUUGGUCACUCGGACUUUGUGAAGGCUGUCGCCUGCGCCAAGAUCAGCGAGAAGCAUGUGCUUAUUAGUGGCGGCGCCGAUAAGAAGAUCAUUGUCUGGGAUAUUGCUACUGGAUCCCGCCUUCACACCUUGCAGGACUCCGUGACGAGCAUGCUCGCUGUGCAGUCCCUGGCCAUCGACCCCAUCAUGAGCUCAGGUGAGGAGCUCGUCGUCGUCAGCGCUGGGAGUGACCCACAUCUUCGGAGGUGGAAGGUUCGGCUGGACGGCUGGGAGCAGCUCCUCGACGCGGCGCCGGCAGCACCCAAUGUAGAGAGGAGGCUGCUCUCUGUACACGAGACGGGAGUGUACAAGAUCUUGUUCGACCGAGCUGGCGAUGAGAUCGAUCUGUGGACUGCCAGCGCGGACGGGACUGCCAGAUGCUUGUCCCGCGGCAAGGCUUUCACAACUGAAGACUGCCUGGAACAUGGAGACCACGUCCGCGCAGUGGGGGUGACGGAACAGUGGAUUAUCACUGCGGGAAGGGACGAGGACUUGAAAUGCUGGGACCGAACGUCUGGGGCGUUGUAUUGCGCCCUGGAGGGUCACUACGACGAAGUGACGGAUCUGGUUGUCCUUGAGAGAGGCAAGGGUCAUGAUGAGAGGCUUGUAAGCGUCAGCAUUGAUGGCACAGUACGAGUCUGGCCGCUGGGUAAGGCAGGACUCGACGCCGCGGUGGAGGAGCAAAGCAAGCCCCCGACCAAUGGAGCAGAAACUGAGCCUGCCAGGGUAGAGGAGCCUAACGGCAUGCUCACUGCCGAGGAGGAAGCCGAACUGGCCGAGCUGAUGGACGACUAG